AUGCCGGCCGAUAUCUAUGGACGGCGGUGAUUUAUUUAGUCCGGCGUGCUUUUAUAAAAUACAAAUAAAAUAUCAACAGAAACAACACGUGGAGAAAAGAUUAAAUAAAUCUGGAAAUUAUGAAUAAAAACAAAAAAUCCGCAUUAAAAAGUAAGCCCGUGGAGGAUGAAGUAUCCGAAACACAAGCCGCGGAAAAAGUAGAAAAGAAAAAUAAGGCUGGAAAAAAGAAAAACAAGGAGGCUGUUGAGAAGAAAAAUAAGAAGGAAAAGAUUGUGCAUGCUGUGGAAAAGGAAACAUCCGCAGCAACAACGACAACAAAUCUCAGUGAAGCUGAAUUGAAAAAGAUCGAAAAGAAAAAAGCCAAAAAGUUGGCCCAGAAAUUAAAGAAGGCCGAGAGGAAGGCUUCUGGCAAAACUAACGAAGCUACGACGCAAGGUACCAAACAAGAAGGCCAGCAGGACAAAUUGUCAAAGAAAGCCAAAAAACGUAAACUAGAAAGCACAGAAACCAGUGAAACUGCUGAGGAAGGACAAAAUAAGAAAAAGAAGAACAAGAAAAAUAAACUAAAGAAAGCCAAUGAGGAGCAAACCGAAGGUGAACAGAAGAAAUCCGAGCCAACUCCUAAAGCUGGCGGAACAAAAGAUGCCAGUGAGGUAUCGGAACGUGUUCUGUUGAAAAAAGAAAAGAAAUUAAAGAAACGCCAAGAAUUGAAGGCACAAAAAUUGGCAGAGAAAAAACCCCGAGAUCCCGCCCAAGAGGAUGCCACAGUUUUUGUGGGUAAUCUGCCCGUUACCACAAAACGUGUGCAAUUGAUAAAACUUUUCAAAAAGUAUGGACCUGUCAACUCAAUACGUAUGCGUACUGCAGCCGGACAGAUUCUGUAUAAGCACAAAAUGCGUAAGGCUUCGGGAGCCCUAAAUGCCUAUGUGGUAUUGCAAAGCAAGACGGCAGCUGAGAAGGCCUUGGAGCUAAAUGGUACCGAAUUCAAGGGUAUGCAUUUGCGUGUCACAAAAUCCAGUCUCAAACACUCUGCCUCUGCCCAGGAAUCUAAGGAGGAGGCUAAGCGUACGAUUUUUGUGGGCAAUCUCAAAUACACCGCCACUGAAGAAUCCCUGAGGGAAACAUUUAGUAGCUGUGGAGAAAUUGAAUAUGUCCGUUGUAUACGUGAAGGCACUAAAGGUUGUAAGGGAGUGGCCUAUGUCCGUUUCAAAACUGCCGAUGCUGUGGGCUUGGCAUUGGAAUUGAAUCAAACCCUCUUGGAUGAUCGCCCAAUCAAUGUUGAACGUUACAGUGUAAAGAAAUUGGGUGCCAAAGAGCAACGUGAUGCCCAGGCGGCUAAGGAGAAACAAAAUCAGAACCCAAAGAACAAAGGAGACAAAUCAAAGAAAUUUAACAAAUCCAAAGACUCUAAACCACAGCAAAAUAAGUCUCAAGGCGAUGAAGGCAAGAAAUCCAAGAAAAGUGAAUUCCGCGGUGUCAAAGUUGAGGCUCUGAAGAAAAAGAACAAACAGAAAAAGAAGAAGCCAAGUCAGGCCAUGGAUAUUGCCAAGAAAAUAGCACCCAGAACGAAAAGUGAAGAGUAAAUAAAAUGAGAUUGGUUUUUUUUUAGGGAAAAUAUCAGUAAUUCUUGAAGUAGUUGUGUUCUUUUUUAAGUUGACCUUUUUCUUAAUGUAUAUCAACCACAUAUGGAGAGUGGUUUAUUUUAAUUAAUGUUUCUCCCUGACUGUAUUUAACGCAAUUUUUUAUAUUAUAUUAAUAUAUAUGGUAAUAAAAGAUAAAUUGUUAAACAAUCUAGAAA